UCAUCCUCCAUUUAAAAGUUGGACCAAAUCCAAAAUCCCUCCACCCGCCCCACCCCUAACUCCUCUCUUCUACCAACUGUCUCCGAUGUCCGGCACAAUCAACGUUCUGAACGUGGCGGAGAAGCCUUCGGUUGCGAAAUCGGUGUCAAGCAUCCUCUCCCGGAGCCCAAAUCCGCACUCGCGAGAGGGCCGCUCUCGUUACAACAGGAUAUUCGAGUUCAAUUACUCGAUUCGUGGCCAGCCAUGUCAUAUGAUCUUCACCUCCGUCACCGGUCACCUCAUGGAGAUCGAAUUCGAGGAGCGCUUCCGCAAGUGGCACUCCUGUGAUCCGGUUGACCUCUAUCAGGCUCCUGUCUGCAAAUACGUUCCCGAGGAAAAGAAUGAUAUUAAGAGGACGUUGGAGGAGGAAGCUAGGAAGUGCCAAUGGCUGGUUCUGUGGCUUGAUUGUGAUAGAGAAGGAGAAAACAUUGCUUUUGAAGUUAUAGAUGUUUGCAGAGCUGUGAACCAUCAUCUUGUAAUAAGAAGGGCUCGAUUUUCUGCUUUAAUUGAUAGGGAAAUCCAUCAUGCUGCACAGAAUCUUGUGGAACCAAAUCAGUUGUUUGCAGAUGCUGUAGAUGCUAGGCAGGAGAUAGAUCUAAGAAUUGGUGCCUCUUUCACUAGAUUCCAGACAAUGCUGUUGAGAGAUAAGUUUAAUAUUGAUUUUUCUGCUGAUGAUAAAAAUCUUGUUCUAAGUUAUGGUCCAUGUCAGUUCCCUACACUUGGAUUUGUUGUGGAACGAUAUUGGGAGAUAAAUUCACAUGAGCCAGAAGAAUUUUGGACAAUCAACUGUUCUCACAAAUCAGAUGAAGGCAUGGCUACCUUCAAUUGGAUGCGAGGGCAUCUUUUUGAUUACACUUGUGUGGUUAUAAUUUAUGAAAUGUGUGUUCAGGAGCCAACUGCAACUGUAAAAAAUGUUCGACAGGCAGAAAAGCUGAAGUAUCCUCCACAUCCUUUGAGUACGAUUGAACUUGAAAAGCGUGCUUCAAGAUACUUCCGUAUGAGUUCUGAACAUACUAUGAAGGUGGCAGAAGAUCUAUAUCAAGCAGGAUUCAUCAGUUAUCCUCGUACAGAAACCGAUUGCUUUUCUAGCAGGACAGAUUUGCAUAUCAUUGUUCAGGAACAACAAAGGCAUCCUGAAUGGGGUUCUUAUGCCCAGCGAUUGUUAGAUGCUGGGGCAGGACUCUGGAGAAAUCCUACUGGUGGUGGACAUGAUGACAAGGCCCAUCCACCCAUUCACCCAACAAAAUUUUCAGCUGGAGAGCCUAGAUGGAGUCAAGAUCAUUGUAGAUUGUAUGAACUGGUUGUCCGUCAUUUCUUGGCAUGUGUAUCACAACCAGCAGUAGGGGCUGAGACUACAGUUGAAAUUGAUAUCGCUGGAGAAUUAUUUUCAGCAUCAGGAAGAGUGAUAUUGACUAGAAAUUACUUAGAUGUUUACCGUUUUGAAUCAUGGGGAGGUUCAAUGAUUCCGAGCUAUGUUGUUGGACAACAGUUCAUCCCAACAACUUUGACUCUUGACUCAGGAGUCACUAGACCACCACAGCUUUUGAGUGAAGCUGAUUUGCUGACUUGUAUGGACAAGGCUGGGAUUGGUACAGAUGCAACCAUGCAUGAUCACAUUAAAAAGCUGCUUGACAGAUUCUAUGCAACAAAGGAUCAGAAUACUCGUUUCUGUCCCACCAGUCUUGGAGAGGCACUAGUUAUGGGAUAUGAUAACAUGGGGUAUGAACUUUGGAAACCAAAUCUAAGAUCAAUGAUGGAGUUUGACAUGAAAGAAGUUAGCGUAGGCAAUAAGAGUAAACACGAAGUUUUGACAACUUGCUUGCAACAGAUGAAAGCUUGCUUCUUAGAUGCAAGACUGAACAAAAUAAAACUCUUAGAGGCAAUGGAAGUUUUCUUUGAAAGAUCAAAUAGAUCCACUGGAGAUGAGCACCAUACAGCUGGAGAAGUAGUCCGAAGUUGUGGACUCUGCCAGGAAGCAGACAUGGUGCUUAGACGAAGCCGGGAUGGCAAUUUCAUGGUUGGAUGCUUGGGUUUCCCACAGUGUAGGAAUGCUGUUUGGCUCCCUGGAUCUAUAUUAGAAGCAGCAGUGACUAGAAAUAUCUGCAGCUCCUGCAGUCCAGGUUUCUUGUAGAUCCAUAUGUGGACAAGGAAGGGAUGCAAGAUACUACCUCUAGUGAUGCAUGUCUAAUUGGUGCGUUUUACUAAUUCUGUUGAUUUGUGGAGGUCUAGAGUCCGAAAUAGAACUCUUCUAGUGAAAUCCACAUACACGUCUCCAGGAACAAGGGAAGACUGAAGUCCCUGAGUGCUAGUUUGAGAAAUCCGUGGCUUGACCUUCUCUUCUAGGUUGUGAUUCAAAAUCAAGGAGAAUAAUUUUGUGCUUUUUUU